AUGCCUGAGACCACUCCCGCCCAGACUCCCUCGUCCUUUGGCGACAACAAGGGCAUCAAGUUCCACAUCAAGACUGGCAACGCCCGCUACCAGUGUGUCCUCCAGGACCGCUCUGCCUAUGAGCGUACCAAGGCUGCCCGCCAGAACUCCACCGACUCUGUCACCUCUACCGACUCCACCGGUACCUCCAAGUCUGCUUAA